CGCGGAGGGGGCAGGGGGCGGAGGGGGGGGGGGACGGGACGAGGAGGAGGAGGGACGGACGGACGGACGGACGGACGGGGUGAGAGGAUGUGAAGAUGGCGGAGCUGCAGAUGCUGCUGGAGGAGGAGAUCCCGGGGGGGCGCCGGGCCCUGUUCGACAGCUACACGAACCUGGAGCGGGUGGCCGAGUACUGCGAGACCAACUACAUCCAGUCAGCAGAUAAGCAGCGAGCUCUGGAAGAAACCAAAGCCUACACAACCCAGUCAUUAGCAAGCGUAGCCUAUCUGAUCAACACUUUGGCCAACAAUGUUCUUCAAAUGCUGGAUAUCCAAGCAUCCCAGCUUCGGCGCAUGGAAUCUUCAAUCAACCAUAUUUCACAAACGGUGGACAUUCACAAAGAGAAAGUUGCUAGAAGAGAAAUUGGUAUCUUGACUACAAACAAAAACACCUCAAGAACUCACAAAAUCAUUGCACCAGCUAACUUGGAGCGACCAGUUCGCUACAUCAGGAAACCUAUUGAUUAUACAAUUCUAGAUGAUAUUGGACAUGGAGUGAAGUGGUUGCUUAGAUUUAAGGUCAGCACACAGAAUAUGAAGAUGGGUGGGCUGCCUCGUACAACACCACCCACCCAGAAGCCACCGAGUCCACCGAUGUCUGGAAAAGGAACUAUUGGGCGUCACUCUCCCUAUCGUACAUUGGAGCCGGUACGUCCUCCGGUGGUACCAAAUGACUACGUGCCUAGCCCAACACGCAAUAUGGCUCCCUCACAACAGAGUCCUGUUAGAACAGCUUCUGUGAAUCAGAGGAAUCGCACAUACAGCAGCAGUGGGAGUAGUGGAGGAAGCCACCCAAGUAGUCGGAGCAGUAGUCGAGAGAACAGUGGAAGUGGAAGUGUGGGUGUUCCUAUUGCUGUUCCCACACCGUCUCCUCCCAGUGUCUAUCCAGCCCCUGCUGGCUCGGCUGGCACUUCUCCCCUUCCUGCUACCUCUGCUCCUGCCCCCACUCCUCCUGCUCCUGCCCCUUCCUCUGCUGCCCCAGAUGCUGCUGCUGCUGCUGCAGGAGCUCAGCCCCUUGCUGAUGGCUUCACCUCUCCAACUCCCCCUGCUGUUUCUUCCACACCCUCUACAGGUCACCCCGUUCAGUUCUACAGCAUGAACAGGCCUGCAUCUCGACACACACCCCCAACAAUAGGGGGAUCUUUGCCAUAUCGGCGUCCUCCUUCGAUCACAUCACAGACAAGCCUUCAGAACCAGAUGAAUGGGGGCCCGUUUUAUAACCAGAACCCAGCAUCCCUUGCUCCUCCUCCCCCCUCCAUUCUACAGGUAACUCCACAGUUACCACUAAUGGGAUUUGUGGCCAGAGUUCAAGAAAACAUUUCAGAUACUCCUCCCCCGCCACCGCCUGUGGAUGAGCCAGUGUUCGAUGAAUCUCCACCUCCACCCCCACCUCCAGAGGAUUAUGAGGAGGAGGAAGCAGCUGUGGUGGAGUACAGUGAUCCAUACGCUGAGGAGGACCCUCCUUGGGCACCAAGAACCUACUUAGAAAAGGUGGUGGCAAUCUACGACUACACGAAGGACAAAGAAGAUGAGCUCUCGUUUCAGGAAGGUGCCAUCAUUUAUGUCAUCAAGAAAAAUGAUGAUGGCUGGUAUGAGGGGGUCAUGAAUGGAGUGACGGGGCUCUUCCCAGGGAACUAUGUGGAGUCGAUCAUGCAUUACUCAGAGUGAAGACUAGAGGACAGAAAACUGCACCUCCUGCUGCAGGAGCUGUGAGGGCCUCCCAGAUCUCCACCAGCCUCUGGGGCCCCAUCCAGUAUAACCGAAUGAAGGAUAAUUGUAACAACCACUCUUUUUUUUUUUUUUUUUUUUUUGUCAUUAUAAAACAAUAGUGAUUUGAGUUUUUUGAACAAAUGGCUCUUCCGGCUGCCAGCAGAGGCUAUCCUGAGCCAUCUGACAUUGAAUUAGGCUGACCCAUUGAGAUGUAACAAACUCGUUGAGUAGCUGAUACUUCACUCCGAAUUCUGACUUCUUCUGACAGGCUUUGGGAUCUGUCUCAGGAAUCCUGUGUGCCCUCGUGGUACUACCCUUGGCAGCAGUGCCUGGCGUUUGGGAUGUCCUGGAUGCUUGUGGUGAAGGGUUACUGGCCAGUGGACAUCCCUCCUGUUUCUACACUACACUCCUGUGCAGCUGGAAGAACAGUCGUGCGCUAGCAAGCACUGGGAUUUCUGCACAGAGCUGUUCCUGUAACUGACUUCCAGAUAGUUGGAUGCAUCUUAGCGUAAACACUUCUGCAGCUGCUCUGCACAUGUAGGCUGACACAGGGGCACACAGAGCUGGCUUUCAUUCACUCACCUUUCAGUUUAGACAAUUAAGAUGGCUGCAGUCCAGAGGACCCCCACCCCCAUUUCCUCAUCUUUUGAAUGCCACAGAUUUGUUUUGUGUUCUGCACUGAUGUAAAUGUGCUCCUCUCCGCAGGGAGCUACUUGCCAUGGGUGCUGCCGGUUUAAACAGAACUCACAGAUGCCGUUGACGGUGAAGGCGAAACAAAGUUUACAGGUCCUCCUGGGGUCUGAGGAUAAACUCUAGGGGCUGUGAUCUAAGGUUCAAAUCUACUCACGCCUGCUUGCACUAGAGAAACUUACCCCCAAGUUUAGUCUUAUGCACAAUAUAAUCUUAAAAAUCCAAUCAGGUAUUGUAAAUUGGCUAUUUUGUACUUGAUGACUAGAUUUGCAUAUGAACUGUGAGAGCCCUGUGCAGAGGCAGGACAAACGGCAAUUGUCGUCUUCAUGUCUGUUGCCAAAAUUUCUUCAGUGGAAGUAAAAAGGGCUGUUGUGUGUACUGGUUUCCCAUGGAAAUCCAAGCCGUAACUAGUAGUAGUCCUAGCUCUUCCCCCAGCCCUCUCCUUUGUUUAUUAUAAAGAAAUAGAUAUUUUGAGCUGUACUGGUGGAUCUGGGGUGGAGUAAUACCAAGUGAAGGCUCUGUAGCCCCCUGUGUUGAUAGUUUGCUUUUUAACCUAGUUAAAAAGAUAAAAAUGCUGCUCAGUGGUUUGGCCUAGCAGAUCGGUGUGAAGUGAGGGCUGUAAUAGUCUGUCCUUAGGAAGGACGAGGAAGGACUAGAUGUUAUCUUUGGGUAAAUGUCAUGCAUUAACAGAGUAAACUGAUUAAACCUCCUGUUGCAGUCCUGUUAGCGUGAAAAAUGAGCUGACUCCUGUAUGGUGAGAGCCUCCUGGGCCAGGGCAUCUUCCUGGACAACUCUUGCCUGUCGCCUGGCCAAGUUCCAGCUGGUACCCACAGUAGCUUGUCAAAGGCGAGCCAGUGCUGCAGCUGUCUUCUGAGGCCUGUGUGUAAAACAGAGUGGUGUGCAAGAGAGCGCUACCGGGGCUGAGUUUGUGACAGUAUUGGCAACAAUACAGGUAGUCGACCCAAUGCCCUUGCUUGGUAAUUAGCGCAAUAUCAGGACGGAGGUGCAGUUUUGGUGCAAACCUGGGCGGGGAGGAGCCAUAGCUGCGCAAGGGGAAAGAAAGAGGAAACAAAGAGGGCAAGGUGUAUUUGUGGGAUAUGGACGAGUGUGGUCACCUGCUGUGAGCUUGUGGAAGAGUGUGUUAACUCCUGUCACAAUGCAUUGGGAACUAGUUUGGUUAAAGCCUACAGGAGGUACAACCUUGAAGAAACUGGUGCAAAGAUAGAAGUUACUUUCUCCCCUGCUCAGUCCAAGCCGUGUAGCCAAGACACUGUUGUCUUCUUUCUGGAAGCUGACAGCAUUAUUGUUUGGGAUGCAUGUUAGCCAGAACAGAUACCCUUCUACCUUCCGCUGUGAAAACCUUUGUCUCGCAGCAAGACUAAAAGAAGCAGCCACAUUCAGUUCCCUCAGCCCCUCCUUUCUCUGGGAGCAAGCCUAGAAACACUGGUUGUGCAGUCAGUGGAAGUGUCAUAGGGCAGGUCUACACUUUUUGCGCAGGGAGGUGGUGCUGGCAGCCUGGCUAGCAGCCAGGGUGAUUGAACAGCAGUAUUGCACAAGCCUGUAGGGCCCACAGGGUGGCUGUGUUUUCCAGGGCUGUCAGAGCUUUCCUGGUUUCUCUUGCCAUUGGUAUGUUUGUCAUAAAGACUGAGCACACAGGCAGCUUAGCGAGCUACUAAAUGAGAGCUGAACCUUGCUCCCUGUGCACGCGUGCUCCAGCUGGGAGGUCACGCAUUACUGAAAUCUGUCUGUAACUCAGUCUGUGUAAGAGCAUGCGCUUGAAUUCUUCUGACAGGUGGGUGGGAUAGUGUGUACUUCCACUGUGUGUGAUACACACCCAUGUCCUUAAAAGUCAUUCAGCUGGUUGGGCAUCGUGCAAGUUUUCUGUAUUGGGAGAGCAGAGCAGUGUGAACACUGGGAAAUGCCGAACGCUUGUCAGAGCUCAGCACAGAAGAUGAGGCUGCAAAACUUGAGUGUGGAACGCGUGAAGCUCCUUAAAGAACUUGCUUUGGGCUGAUGGGCCAGGGGUUAGUUUGGUCCCCACUGAUAGCACAUGGACUUGUUUAUCCUGCAAGAGCUGCUGUGGAUGGAAUUUUUGGGUCACCUCCUGCUGGUUUUAUGCUUUAUUAUGCAGUACUAAUGUAAAGAAACUUGUUGAGUUUUAUGCAUAUUUUUUAUUUUGUACAGGUUUUAAUUCUGUGGCUUGUUUGGGGAUGAUGUGAUGUAAUGGUCAUAGACCAGGCCAAGGUAAACAGGCUUUGUAUAUUAAUGUUACGUAGAUUGCAUGCUAGUAAAGUCAGUGAGGGUUGUGUUUCCAGUUCUGUCCCUUGUACUUCUCCUUCCCCCAAACCUUCUCCCCCCGUCCUGCCGCCCCUUUUUAAUUUACAUGUUUACUUUAAAUGGGGUUGAAGAAUGGGGGGGAACACCUCAGUGUUUCAAAUAGGUGCACAACAUCCCUUCACUGAGUUCUGCUGCCACAGCUGAUGGUGUUCAGCAUCACAGGCUGCUGAAUCAGCAGUACAUAUCCAUGGGGAGGUGGGGGGAAGGAGACACUCCAGAAUAGUCCAAAGAGUGCUAUAUGGCCAAAAUGAGCAUGUUUCUCCCUUUGUGAGAGCUGCCUUAGCCCAGCCAGCUGUUUUCAUUUUGCACAGAAAUCAGUCAGCCUUCUUUAGUGGUGUAUUUUGCUUUGGUUUGCUGUAUGAGAGAUUUCUUUAUUGCUCUUGGCCCCAGGGACAAAGCUAUUAACUACAGCUGCCUCUCUGCCAUCUGCCUGCGUGAGAGGAGGGCCAACCCAGUCUAUCCCCAUCUAGUGCCGAAGCAGGUUAUUUUGAUGCCUUCUUUCCAGCCUAAGAGAGAUGGCUGAGGUUGCAUCUGUCUCACCCGUUAUUAUUUUUUUCCUCUCUUCCCCCCACUCCACCCCCAUGGUAGAUUAAUGUUCUUUGUUUCUCUCGCUGGCUGUUGCAGCAGAGGGCUGAGAGGGGCAGGAGAGGCAAGCAGCAAAUUUUGCGCUUGAGCAUCCUGAUGGUGUGCCCAUGCCCACUGGCUGGAGUAGGCACCGGAGAGCUGAAGCAAUGCCUGACCAGUGACACACAGACAGACACUGAUGCACUGAAGAGCCGUUGCUCUCACUGGAGGACAAAAUGUGCGGCACGGCCCUGGGACAGAUGGCAGAGCUAGGUGUGUGUUAGCAGGAGGCUGACCACGUUCCUGGGACUCAGCUUGUCCUUGUGGUUAGUGAUAAAAGGAACAAGUGACUUGGAUAUUCCUGAAAGUGGCUGGAGAUUGCUGCUGGUUUGAACCACAGCUCCCCACAGUGGUCUGUGGCUGGGUGGCUUACCUGUGGGUGCCAGGAAGGCUUAGACCCAGCUAGUACUUGCUAGAGCAGUUUGUUUUCCUUUCACGGUUCCUGGGCAUUUUCUUUCUUUGCUGCUGAGGGUUCUUGGUGGCAGCCAAAGUUAAUGUUGGAAGUGAUGCAGCUUCUGAACAGUGGCAGUUUUAUCUAGGGUAUUUUAUUUAGCAUGAAAAGAAAGUAAGUGAGGCGGCAGCAGGACUGAUGCUCCCUUUCUGGCAGAGGGCAGGCUGCCUGCCUGGUGUGUAUGUGCAUAUCGCUGAGUGGAGGUGGAAGAGGGUUGGGCACUGAUGCAAACUGUUGUGCUUCUGUGGUGUCUCCCACCUGUGCUUGAUGAUGACUCUGUGUUCUUCCCAGCAACUUCUGCCACUUCCUAGCAAGCACUGCAGAUGUGCCUCUCUCUCUGCUAGAAUUGAGCUCUCUUUUAGUAGUUUUAGUAGUCUCUGGUCUUCAGGCAUAAAUCAAAAGCAGAACUUCCAUGUUUUCCUUUCUGCAAAGGAUGGGACUUUAUGCAGGUUAGUAAACUGGGAGCAUUUACAGGGCUUCUCCUCCCAGAGGUGGGACAGGACAUCUUGUGGAACAGGUGGCUCUGUAGUCUCUGCAGGGCAACCUGUUGGACGCUGCAAGAGAAUGCUGUUGGAAAGACCAUGGCGCUGUGGCUCCCACUGGGAGCAGUGCUUGCAUUGAGAGUGGAGAGUCACUCACUGAGCACGGCCGUGUUUCAGGAAGCAUUAUAAACCCCAUGCAACGACUUCUGUUCCUAUGUUGACAACAGUGGCAGUGAGAAACACACAAAGCUGUUGCAUUCACUAAGGCAAGUAUUUACAACCCUAGAGAAGAUGGUGCUGUAAACUGAGCACUAGCAGGCAGAUGAUGGGCUACAGCUUAUGGGGCACCACUUUCAAGCAUUUACUGUGCUUACAGGUAUAUUCACCUUCCCCACCUUUUGGCAUUUCUCAGUAUUAGGCACUGCCACAUUUUGUGGAUAAAAUGGUAUUACACAGAGGUCAGAAUAGUGCAAGAAGGUAACAGUUUGUGGGGUUUUUUGGGGGGUUUGGUGUGUGUCCCCCCCAGUAGCUGAAGUCAAUGUGUAGUAACAGUCCUAUUGAUCUACUUUUGAUUUUGAAACUGCAAGAAUAGUGGGACCCCCACCUUGUAUGCAUGGGAAGGCUGCUGAAAGCUUGAUGCAGCCAAGGUUUGCCAACUGCUGUUACAAAGAAUACUUCACAGACCAUUGUGUUCUGCUGCUUUCAUUCA